AUGACAUCUCCUGCCCCUGGGGACCUCGCAUUUGUUGGUCCAAACCAUAUUGAGGAGUUGUCGGACUUCCAAUACGUCGAGCUGGUCGAAAUCAACGAUGCCACAGCUACAGUCAAAUUGGCUGUCCCCACGGAGGAUGAAAACCCAAGCCAACUGACUCUACCACUAGAAACGUUCAAGCUUCGCGCGGUCCCAGCAUGUGAACGCAGUAUGUGGCCGGGCUCGUUCGUUGCCCACCCGAUAGCGUUUGCCUGCACUUCCAGCGACGGUGUGGACGAAUGGACGUACGGUGUCGUUUCAGGCUACACCUCCUCAGAGCAGGCGACUACGCUACACGUGCUGCUGAAACAGCUUGACAAGGUUGUCAUGGCGUGCCGACGACGACGUUGGGGAAUACCUAAAGCUAUCCGAGAGACAAUGUCCGUACCCUACGUUGGUAAUGAGGUUGUCCCCCUGAUUCGGCCCGCUGACCUCCAGCUGGUACGCAUUCGACAUCAACAUGCUGUCGAUUUUACCAUGGCUGCCCGCUUAAAACGCCCUGUCGACCUGUACUCCGACACACAGAUCAAGCCGGGGGGAUCCAAAGUACCCCGCCCCACCGAGCGGUCAACCUCAUCCGGACAAGUCUCUACUCAGAUCCAUCGUCCCCUCACCAAACGUAGGCGUGCUGAACGGCCCGCCCCCUCCCAGGCCUAUUCUUCAAGUAGCAGUGACCACGUCGAUGACGCGGUAUAUCAAGACACCCGGCGUCGAGGAGUGGUUUUCCACCCCUCUCCAACGGACAGGCAAGUUCACAACGCGAUCGUACGGCGAAGACACGCAGUUAAGGAACCCCAAAUGCUCCUCCAAUAUGCCCAGCAGUUCCAGCGACUCGACUUCAUCGGAACCCCUCCUGUACUCGGUAGUACCUACCAUUUUGGUUUUGGACUCGGGCUGUCCAUCAUGCAUUUGCGUAGAGCCCGUACUGCGGACGAGGUUGCUACGACGGAAAAUGGCGUCAACAUGUGGGACUUCUCGUCUAAGAACAGUCUACCGCCCCCGGCUCGCGCUACCAGCUUCGGUGAUCUCAUUGGCGCUCUAUCUGCUUUUUACAAGUUCGCGAAAUACUUCUACAACAGCGACACCAGACGGUUUAUCGCUGCAGCACGGGACUUCGUGAUUUCCUACGCUGAUCACGCCCACCCAGACCAGGCUCGCACUGGUCGCGUCGUCACAAAAGGCCUCGGCUCUGCCUUACGGGUGCGGAAGCAGUUCAACAGGAACGAUGAGCAACUACUCGCGUUGAAGGAAUCAGACCCAGCUUGGAAGCAGUUGUCUUCGCGUCCUAUAACGUCAGGGCGCCCCGACAGCGCGCCUUCUAAUCGUUCGACAAGACAGCAGCCCGUCAAAACGAAGAUUCCGGCCGAUUGGCGGACUGUGCCCGUGCCCACUUUCGACCUGACGCGUUGA